CACUCAAAAUCACACAAACCCUCACUCUAAUAUUCCUAGAAAUCUUCUACCCUACAAUUUUCUAAUCAUGGCAGUCACGAUAAUUGCAAGUUUUUCCUCUUUUUUCCUUAGCUUAAUUCUUUCCACCGCCGCUACCACAGCCAAAACCAGUGGUUUUAGUGUGGAGUUGAUCCACCGUGAUUCUCCUAAGUCUCCCUUCUACAACCCCUUAGAAAGUCCUUCUCAAAGAGUUGCCAAUGCCUUGCGCCAUUCUAUUAGCCGUACCCAUCACUUUCUUUCUUCCGGAAAGAACGACGCACCUAGGUCCAACAUCAUUUCCAAUGCCGGUCAAUACUUGAUGAACAUAUCCCUUGGGACCCCUCCCUUUCCAAUUCUGGCCAUUGCAGAUACUGGAAGUGACUUGGUUUGGACACAAUGUGAGCCUUGUCAGUGUUAUAAACAGGACGCUCCUUUUUACAACCCUAAUUCUUCCUCCACAUACAAAACCAUUCCUUGCUCUGCAACGCAAUGUAAGAAACUACAAGGAACCUCUUGCUCUGACGAAUUCGAUCCAGAAUCUACUUGCAUUUAUUCAGUUACUUAUGGUGACCAAUCCUUUACAAACGGGGAUCUUGCCUUGGAUACAAUUACCUUAAGUUCCACAAGUGGCCAGCCAGUGGCUCUUCCUAACAUAACCGUUGGUUGCGGAAAUAACAAUGAUGGAACCUUCAAUGAGAGGGGGUCCGGUAUUAUUGGACUUGGAGCUGGUGAUUUGUCUCUAAUUUCUCAGAUGGGAAAGUCCAUAGGUGGUAAAUUCUCUUAUUGCUUGGUGCCACUCACUGCCACUAUUGGAUCCUCAAGCAAGAUAAACUUUGGCUCUAAUGGCAUUGUUUCUGGGCCCGAAGCAGUCUCUACUCCCUUGGUUAGGAAAACCUCAGAUUCCUUCUAUUACUUAACCUUAGAAGGUAUCAGUGUUGAUGGUGAAAGAAUAAAUGUCAGUGGUUCAUUUGCAUUGUCGAAAGGCAACAUUGUCAUAGACUCUGGCACUCCCUUGACAGUGUUACCAACCAAUUUCUUCGCACUGCUAAAGGACGCGGUGUCAAGCAAGAUCAAUGCAACACAAUCAGAAUCUACAGUGCAAGGUUUGCAACUCUGCUACGACAAUUCUGAGCGUGAUAUUAAGGUUCCAGAUAUUACAGUCCAUUUCACAAGUGCUGAUGUGAAGCUAAAACCUCUGAACACUUUUGUUCAAGUGAACAAGAAGCUCAUAUGCUUUUCUUUCAUAGGAAGGGAUGGUGGUGCUCCUCCCAUCUAUGGAAACUUGGUGCAAAUGAAUUUCUUGGUUGGAUAUGAUACUCAGGAGCAGACUGUGUCGUUUAAGCCGACGGAUUGUACCAAAGCAUAAUUCAUCAUCUCUAUUUUGUGUAUGUAACGCACCUACCUUAAGGGUCCUAUGUGAACUUGUGAUUUGCCUAGCCAGGGCUUAAACAAUGCAAAUGAGGGUUUUAACAACAUGUGAUUAUGCAUAAAUUAAAGAUUCAAAA